GCCCGUGAAGCACGAUGCCUGACGCGAUGCCGCUGCCCGGGGUCGGGGAGGAGCUGAAGCAGGCCAAGGAGAUUGAGGACGCCGAGAAGUACUCCUUCAUGGCCACCGUCACCAAGGCGCCCAAGAAGCAAAUCCAGUUUGCUGAUGACAUGCAGGAGUUCUCCAAAUUCCCCACCAAGACUGGUCGAAGAUCUUUGUCUCGCUCCAUCUCUCAGUCCUCCACUGACAGCUACAGUUCGGCUGCGUCCUAUACAGAUAGCUCUGAUGAUGAGGUUUCCCCCCGAGAGAAGCAGCAAACCAACUCCAAGGGCAGCAGCAAUUUCUGCGUGAAGAACAUCAAGCAGGCAGAAUUUGGACGCCGGGAGAUUGAGAUUGCAGAGCAAGACAUGUCUGCUCUGAUUUCACUCAGGAAACGUGCUCAGGGGGAGAAGCCCUUGGCUGGUGCUAAAAUAGUGGGCUGUACACACAUCACAGCCCAGACAGCGGUGUUGAUCGAGACUCUCUGCGCCCUGGGGGCUCAGUGCCGCUGGUCUGCAUGCAACAUCUACUCCACUCAGAAUGAAGUGGCUGCAGCACUGGCCGAAGCUGGAGUCGCAGUGUUCGCGUGGAAGGGCGAGUCGGAAGAUGACUUCUGGUGGUGCAUUGACCGCUGUGUGAACAUGGAUGGGUGGCAAGCCAACAUGAUCCUGGAUGAUGGGGGAGACUUAACCCACUGGGUUUAUAAGAAGUAUCCAAACGUGUUUAAGAAGAUCCGAGGCAUUGUGGAAGAGAGCGUGACUGGUGUUCACAGGCUGUAUCAGCUCUCCAAAGCUGGGAAGCUCUGUGUUCCAGCCAUGAACGUCAAUGAUUCUGUUACCAAACAGAAGUUUGACAACUUGUACUGCUGCCGAGAAUCCAUCUUGGAUGGCCUGAAGAGGACCACAGAUGUGAUGUUUGGUGGGAAACAAGUGGUGGUGUGUGGCUAUGGUGAGGUGGGAAAGGGCUGCUGUGCUGCUCUCAAGGCCCUCGGAGCAAUCGUCUACAUCACAGAAAUCGACCCCAUCUGCGCCCUGCAGGCCUGCAUGGAUGGGUUCAGGGUGGUGAAGCUAAAUGAAGUCAUCCGGCAAGUCGAUGUUGUGAUAACUUGCACAGGGAAUAAGAAUGUAGUGACACGGGAGCAUCUGGACCGCAUGAAAAACAGUUGUAUCGUAUGCAAUAUGGGCCACUCCAAUACGGAAAUCGAUGUGACCAGCCUCCGCACUCCGGAGCUGACGUGGGAACGAGUCCGUUCGCAGGUGGACCAUGUCAUCUGGCCAGAUGGCAAGCGCGUCGUCCUCCUAGCAGAGGGUCGUCUGCUCAAUCUGAGCUGCUCCACAGUUCCCACCUUUGUUCUGUCCAUCACAGCAACCACACAGGCUUUGGCACUGAUAGAACUCUAUAAUGCACCAGAGGGACGAUACAAACAAGACGUAUAUUUGCUUCCUAAGAAAAUGGAUGAGUACGUUGCCAGCUUGCACCUGCCAUCAUUUGAUGCCCACCUGACAGAGCUGACAGAUGACCAAGCAAAAUAUCUGGGACUCAACAAAAAUGGGCCGUUCAAACCCAAUUAUUACAGAUACUAAUGGACCACAUUGCCAGGGACCAGUCCACAUGAACCACACAACUCUAAAAGAAAUAUUUUUUAAGAUAACUUUUAUUUUCUUCUUAUUCUUUUCCUCUUGAUUUUUUUUUCUAUAAUUUCAUUCUUGUUUUUUCAUCUCAUUAUCUAAGUUCUGCAGACCACACAGGAACUUGCCUCAUGGCUCUUUAGAUGAAACAGAUUCAAGGUUUCUCACCCUAGUCACUAAAGAAGGAUUCUCUUCCAGCCCAGAAAGGUGAUUCUUUCUUUACCAUUUCUGGGGACUUUAGUCUUAAGUGGGUACCUUAUUAACAGGAAAUGCUAAGGUACCUUCUAUGUGGAACAAUCUGCAAUGUCUAAAUUGCCUUAAAAGAGCCCAUUUCCUAGCUGCUGAAAUCAGUGCUCUUUGAUUUCUUCAGAGGAGCAGGGAUAGUACCUACCAGCCAGGUAGGUUAGAUGUAGGUGGUGCAUGUUAAUUCCCCCUCGAUGUUCCAAGCCCUGUUUCCUGUGUGAAGAUGGUUUGUCUGGUUCAGAGAUGUGUACUAGUGAGUGUUGCUUGUUAAGAUCCGGUAGGGUUUAGUACAGUUCUUCUUCCACUCCACCCAGACCUUCUCUUUUUUCAGGUUUUUAACCAGAUUGCACUCUAUUAAGUUGAAUUUGGCUCCUAGCAUUUAUAUCUGUUAUAUUAAAAAAAAAAAAAGUUAAAAGUUAAUACUGAGAAACUGCUGCUCAAGUGGCUAGUUAUCAGUUUCUCUUUCAGACCGUCAGAGCUAAGAGUGCAGACUUGAGUCUAGAGAAAUGCUGGUCUCAAACUCCGAUGAAUCUGUCUAUUUCUAGCCCACAGUUUGUAGCUUCAGUGAACUGGGGCCAUGGCAGCAAAUUCUAUCGGCUCUGCCCCAUACAGCUUGUGCCGAAGGCAAAUUUCUUGAGCCAUUAUUCAGUACAAAGCACUGAGCUCUGUCUUUAGGAUUUAUCCUUUAAGAGCAGAUUUCUGGUCAGCUAUGCUUCUGCAACCUAAAAUCCUUAAAGGGAGGUAGAUGUGGAUAGGAAGAGGAAGGAUACAUCGGGCCACGGUGAGGGAAAUCUAACUUCAUAUAACUUGCUGGAACUUUAGACCCCGCAUAACAUUAGUUUUUGCAGAAGUGGUACCACUUUUGAUCGACACAUGUCACAAAAAGUUCCUGAACAGAGAUCUUAAAGGGCAGUUUUUGCAUAGAGAAAGUGAUCAGUACGUCCCAGCUCACUCUCUGAAAGAAUUCCCCAGCUAGGCUCUCGCAGAGAUCAGAGAGCUGUGUUCCCCACGCCAUGCACCCUGCUUACCAGCAUUUCUGCAUGGUCACAUGAGCUCUACGCUCAUGAGCUUUAAGUAUAUAAUUAUCCAGGAUUCUGAAUCCUCAACUUGUUCUAGCUUGUGAUCCUUCAAAAUUGGGUCAGGCAUUAUUGCUAGGUACUAGAAAUUUUGCAUUUCUCUAUUGCCAUUGAUCAGAGAGACAGACAUUAAAACAGGAAUAUAAGAAAGGAAAGCUUUCACCCUGCAACUCCCUAGCAGGGACUAUGAUCUUGCCAAAACUUCUCCCCUUUCCCUUCCUGUUUCUCCCUACCCAGCCCUUUCCCACUCCUUGCCAGUGUGACCUUGCUUGCUUCUCUAUAGAUGCUAAUGGUUCAAGCCCUUUUGCCCAGGGCAUGUGACCAGCCAAUCAGAACACCACUUCCUCUAGGGGAGGUAGCCUGGCCAACAGUGGUAUCCAUCGCGUCAGCUAUGCUGGAGGAAAGGGGCCCAGGUCCUGCUGCCCUCUGGCCUGCCCCCUGCUCCCAUAUCUAUUACUGUGUCCAUAGGAAUAAUAGGUAAGGGCUCCGUCUCUGUCAAGCCAUGUAACAAAGGACACUGUGGAGAAAUGUCUGGCAUCAGAGGGAGCAUGUGGAGAGCAACUUGGGGGGAACAAGUUUAUUUUGUAUUGAACGAUUUUUAAUGAAUGCAAUAUUAAUCCUUGCAGAUGAGCAAUAAUCAUUAAAGUCAAAAUGAUAAGACCUUA